UUUCUGUUUUUUUUUUUUUUAUUAAUUGGCUUGGUUAGAGUCUGAAGAGAGAGUAAGAAAUCUGAUGGGGAAGAGAAAAGAGCGUCGUUUCGCCGCCAUGAAUAGCACCGGCCGUCGUGUCAAGCUUGAUCUCUUUGCGGAACCCUCCUCUGGAGAUUUGGGUGGCUCAGAUGUGCGUGAUGGAGCUGAGCGGGAACAAACAGAGCUUAAUGAGUUACCCAAUUCACCUUCUUCUUCAGCUUUGUCGUUAUUUGUGACAGGUAAGAAAACAGGAAACCCUUUGCUUUUACUUGGGCAGUAUAGUGAUGAUGAGGUGGAAGAAGAUUCGGAUAAGAAAGCAGAUGAUGCCUCUGCUGAUAGUUCCUUAACCAAUAAAAAUGAGCAGGUCGAUGGAUUAAUUCAAGAAGGUCACAAAGAUACAAAUAUCAAAUCAGGUGCAGUUACCACAAUGCAGAUGGCUGACGAACAGCAGGCUGGGGAGAAUUCUUCUGCACUUGAUUCUAGAGCUGAAGGAGAAAGUGGUUUUGUCACAGUGAGUAGCUCAACAAUCUUGGAUGGACUAAACAAGCAUACAGAUCCCUCAGUUCAAGCAUCUGGCAGCGUGUCUUUGGAGCACCAUGCUCCCACAGAUGUUACUUCGCAGUGGAAGAUGAUUUUGCAUGAGGAGAGCAAUCAGUAUUACUACUGGAAUACAGAAACUGGGGAAACUUCGUGGGAAAUUCCUACAGUUUUGACUCAAACUGCCUGUGCAUAUGGGACCGGGUACAAUGAGUCUGGGCCCAUGGUUACAGAUGAGUCCACCUUGAUUGCUGGUGUUGAACCAAGCUAUUUCCUACCUGUGCAAAAUAGUUUCACAGGAGCUGACUAUUCGACUUUUCCAACUGUUGAGCUGGAUGAGAGAAACAAAAGUGAAGAUCUAUAUGUCAAAAGUUUAGGAACAGAUGGUCAUCAAGUUGAAUGUCGGAUAGACUCUGUUGUUAAUAGUCAGAAGGACCUUUCAAGGCCAGGAAAUUCAGAUCAUGUGCAUACUAAUUUUGAUGCAGGAGCGGCUACUGAGCUCCCAUCUCGCUUGUUGAGUCAAAUCGAAGGCUUACUGGAGAAGCUGAGGUCUCUGAAGAGGUCGCAUGGGAACUUUCACAGCAAUGAGCAGAUAACAAAGUACAUUCUGGAGGUUGAAGUCAGACAUUCUGAUGUAAAGGCGCUCAUAUUGGAUAGCUCACCUUUACUUUCUUUUUGGCUUCACACUGAGAAACAACUUAAGCGUCUGGAAGAUAGUGUUAACGAUGAGAUUUACCAGCUUGCAAAAUCUGCAGUAAUGGAUGAAAUUGCAGAAACUAACAAAAGCCCUCCUGAAGAAAAGUUGGUAGCAGAUGCUAAUACAGAGAGUGAAUCCGAGGACAGUGAAAGAGAUGGAGAGCUAGCUCAAUCUCAAAAAUCUCUUCAUUCAGAUGAAUCAGCUGAUGUGAGCGGCGAUGGAUCUCCUAAACACUCCCGAAGUCAUCCAGCUGGGCAGUCUGAUAUUACUCCUUCAACUGAGAUGCGUCAGAAGGCUGGCUCCCCAGAUGUGGAAGAUAUUGACAUGGAUGUGGAUAUGGAGGUUGAAGAAUCAGUUCCAGUGUCUUCUGUUCAAGUGAUAGAUACUUCUGAUGGUAAGAUGUUCAGCCAAACAGAGCCAUCCAACCUCCAUGCAGAUGUUCCAAUACCUCCGGGUGAGGAAUGGAUUCCACCACCGCCGUCUGAGAGUGAAGAUGUUCCUCCACCGCCACCAGACAGUUAUAGCGAACCAAUUCCUCCACCACCUGAAAAUGGCCAUGUCCCUUCAUCUUUGUCCAGUGACUCUCUCGGAGUUCCCUAUACUGUACCUCAAUCUUAUAUGCAGCAAUCUGUUGAUUAUGCAACACAAUACAACUUACCCUAUCCAGAGUCCAAUUAUCAAUAUACCAAUUCUGUUGCUCUAGAUCCUAAUACUCAGUUCUAUGGCCAUGUCGAUGGAUCUCAAGUUUCUCUUCCCCAGUCGACAUUUUAUUAUGAAACUGUUCCUGGUACAAGUGAAGUUGCUCCCACAGCAGCCAGUGCUGGUGAAGCUUAUUACGAUUUCAAUGGUGCAGCUCCACUUUUUCCUGUCAUUAGCUCCACGGAGUCAUCGCUACAUCACGGUGGAGUUGGUUCUGCUAAUCACUACAUCUCAAGCAAUUCUUCUACAGUUGUAGUGCCUAGUUCGAGAUCCAAUGACUUUGCUGAGAUUGCAUCUUCGGCAACUACUUCUCAAUCCACAGAUGUUACAGGUGGAUCGUCUCUAUUAGCAAAGGGUCAAACGAAAGUGAAACGGUUAAAAAAGCGGACAGUUGCUGCUACAUCCACAUUGAGGUCAAAUAAAAAGGUUUCGAGUUUGGUUGACAAGUGGAAAGCUGCGAAAGAGGAGCUAAACGAUAGUGAAGAAGAAGAAGAUGAUUCCGGAAUCCUAGAUAGAAAAAGAAAACGAGAAAUCGAAGAAUGGAAAUCUCGACAAAUCGCAAGUGGAGAGGCUAAAGACAAUGCAAAUUUCCAACCUCUCGGUGGUGACUGGCGUGAGAAAGUGAAGCGGAAGAGAGAACGAGCCGAGAAGUCUCAGAAGAAAGACCCCGAAAAGCAGCAAAAACCUGAUCUAACCAAACUCUCAGCAAAUCUCCCGUCGGGAUGGCAGGCAUAUUGGGACGAAUCUACCAAAAAAGUUUACUAUGGGAAUACAAGUACAUCUCAAACCAGUUGGACCCGACCCACUACCUGAACCUCAAUUACUUCCUCGACCCAUUUUUUUACUAUUUCUUCUGUGAUACAUUUGUUUUAGAUUUCUUUCUUCUCUUAUCUUUAUGUAAAUUUAUUACAGAGCUAGUGUUAUAUGUCCCGGAUGCACAUUUUGU